GGAUGGCCCAGGACAUCAUGGGUACGGCUUUCUCUGGCUGACUCCCGCUUCGCUUCCCUUCUUCCCCCCACUUCCUGACACGGAAGUGGCCUGCCCCACACUAACAUGGCGCUCACUGCAGCGCAGCUCGCUCCCUUCAAAGAUGGCCACCCUGCUAUGACAUCCCUGGGCGCGGGGGCGGAAAAGGCGCGGCACGUGUGCAGGGGCGCGGCUUGGCACCCUCCGCCUUUGUUUACUUCGUGCGGGGAGCCCACCCAACGCGCCGACGCACUGCCCACUCUAGCCACCGCCUUCCCAUUGCGUCUGCGCGGAGAGCGUCUGCCCCACCCCUUUCUCCCGUUCCUGUUCACCCGAUGGUUUGACCCAUUGGAGACUUAAGAAACAGACAAACGCUACCAUUUCAUUCUCUUCGAGGGGAGGCCCGACCCGCCGGAUGUGACGUGAAGAGGCUGUCUCCGGAGGUGGAGCGAGCUAGGGGAGUGGCCUCGGCCCUAGCUGCGACUAUGGAGGAGGCUGGCUACCGGGUGGUGUUCGAAAAGGGCGGCGUGUUCCUGCACACGAGCGCCAGGGGGCGGCACCAGGACCCGGGUUCUCUCAUCGCCGGCGUACUGCGCCUGCUCGAGAAGGACAAUGACGUCAUCCUGCAUUGGGCCCCCCUGGAAGAGGCCGGAGACUCCUCCCACGUGGUGUUCUCCAGGAAGGAGCCUGGUGGGGGAGACCCCUGCCCUUCGGAGGAGGAGCCAACCUUUGACCCCGGCUACGAGCCAGAUUGGGCUGUGAUCAGCACUGUGCGCUCCCGGCCCCGGCCCCCGGAGCCUGCCCCAGCUGCAGGGGCAGGCAGCUCCCGGGGCCCCUGGGCCUUCUCCGUGAGCCUGGGGGAGCUGAAGUCGAUUCGGCGCUCCAAGCCGGGCCUGGGCUGGGCCUACCUGGUGCUGGUGACCCAGUCGGGUGGCUCCCUGCCGGCUCUCCACUUCCAUCGAGGGGGUACCCGGGCCUUGCUGAGGGUCCUCAGCCGAUACCUGCUGCUGGCCAGCUCCCCCCAGGACUCUCGGCUCUACCUCGUCUUCCCUCACGACUCCUCCGCCCUCUGCAACUCCUUCCAUCACCUCCAGCUCUUUGAUGAUGACAGUUCCAACUUGGUGUCUCGUUUCCUCCAGGACCCCUAUGCAGCCACCUUUGGUGGUUUCUCGCGGGUGACCAACUUUUUUCGAGGAGCCCUUCAGCCUCCCCAUGACGGGCCUCCACCUGGCCGCCCAGAGGUCCCUGAUGACGAGGAGCCGGAGCCCGGCUUUGAGGUCAUCUCCUGUGUGGAGCUGGGGCCUCGGCCAGUGGUUUCCCGGGGGCAGCCUGUGACAGAGGAUGUGUGGGCCGGACACGUGGGUCCUGAUGGGCAGCUUCAAGACGUUGAGGGACUCAAGGCUCAGAUCUUCUCAGGGGGCUUGUGCCCGGCCUUGAGGAGAGAAGCCUGGAAGUUUCUGCUCGGAUAUCUCAGCUGGGAGGGCUCGGCCGAGGAGCACAAGGCCCACGUCCGUAGGAAAACGGACGAGUAUUUCCGCAUGAAGCUGCAGUGGAAGUCCGUGAGCCCCGAGCAGGAGAGGAGGAACUCGCUGCUUCACGGUUACCGCAGCCUCAUCGAGCGGGACGUGAGCCGCACGGACCGCAGCAACAAGUUCUACGAGGGGCCGGGAAACCCGGGCCUGGGGCUGCUCAACGACAUCCUCCUCACCUACUGCAUGUACCACUUCGACCUGGGUUACGUUCAGGGCAUGAGCGACCUGCUGUCCCCCAUCCUGUACGUCACUCAGAACGAGGUGGACGCCUUCUGGUGUUUCUGCGGCUUCAUGGAGCUCGUGCACGGGAACUUCGAAGAGAGUCAGGAGACGAUGAAGCGCCAGCUCGGGCAGCUGCUGCUGCUGCUGCGGGUUCUGGACCCCCCCCUCUGCGACUUCCUCGACUCCCAGGACUCGGGCUCCCUGUGCUUCUGUUUCCGCUGGCUGCUCAUCUGGUUCAAGCGCGAGUUCCCCUUCCCCGACGUCCUGCGGCUGUGGGAGGUGCUGUGGACCGGGCUGCCCGGCCCCAACAUGCAUCUGCUGGUGGCCUGCGCCAUCCUGGACAUGGAGAGGGACGCCCUCAUGCUGUCCGGCUUCGGCUCCAACGAGAUCCUCAAACACAUCAACGAGCUCACCAUGAAGCUCAGCGUGGAGGACGUGCUGACGCGCGCGCAGGCGCUCUACACGCAGCUGGCGGCCUGUCCGGAGCUGCCCCCCAACGUGCAGGAG